AGCCUCAGAGCCAAAAAAUAAUUAAUCAAUACGAGGUUGAACAAAAAGAGUAUCGUCUUGCUAUCGAUCGCGAUGCACGUGGAUUGACUUGUGUUUCGAGGAUGGAGGUUUAAACUAAUAAAGCGACUUGAUUUGUCAGUAUGCAGGUAUCAGAGUUAAACGACGUCAAGGUAUACAAUCUUUCUUCGGGAAAGUCUUUGCCAGAAUGGCUUUCAGAACGGAAGAGAAGACAGCUUUUGAAGCAAGAUGUUGACAUCCGCAGACGAAUUGAAUUGAUCCAAGAUUUCACAAUGCCGACAGCUUCUUCUAAUAUCCUAGUAUCAAAAGAUAGUAACUACAUUCUUGCAAGCGGUGUUUACAAGCCCAGAAUAAAAUGUUUUGAUGUAGGCCAGCUAUCAUUAAAAUUUGAACGAUGCUUUGAUGCAGAUGCUGUGAAGUUUGACAUCCUGUCUGAAGACUAUUCAAAACUAGUCCUUCUUCAAUCCGAUCGUUAUAUAGAAUUUCAUGCACAAUACGGUCGCUAUUAUCGAACACGCAUCCCAAGAUUUGGGCGAGAUCUGGCCUACCACCAACCAACAUGCGACCUGUUAGUUGUUGGUUCAGGUCCAGAGAUCUUCAGGCUCAAUUUAGAGCAAGGUAGAUUCCUGCAACCAUAUAAUACCGAUUCAACAGAGCUAAAUGUCUGUGAAAUAAAUCCUGUUCAUCAGCUAGUUGCUGCUGGUUCCACAGAAGGUAGAGUAGAAUGUUAUGAUCCAAGGUCCAGAUCAAAGGUUGGUCUGUUAGACAUUGGUCAAAGUGGUAUUUCUUCAAACCCAGCCAUCACUUCCCUUGCUUUUAGGAAUGGGUUAGAAAUGGCUGUUGGCACUGCAUCAGGGCAAAUUUUGCUAUAUGACAUAAGGUCAAGACAGCCAAUACACUUUAAAGACCACCACUAUGGACUCCCAAUCAAAAAGAUAAUAUUUCAUGAUAAAACAUCAAAUAUUCUGUCAGCAGAUUCAAAAGUUAUAAAAAUUUGGGAGAGAGAGACUGGGAAAAAUUUUACUGCUAUAGAGCCUGAUGCACCAGUCAAUGAUCUUUGUUUAUAUCCUGGUUCUGGGUUGAUAUUUGUUGCAGCAGAAGCUGAAAGAAUGGGAAUAUACUACAUUCCAGAGCUUGGCCAAGCACCAACUUGGUGCUCCUUCCUAGACAGCAUCACAGAGGAAUUAGAGGAAAGCAAUGAGACCCUGAUAUAUGAUGAUUAUAAAUUUAUUACAAAGCAAGAACUGGAGAGUUUUGGACUCACAAACCUCAUUGGAACAAAUAUGCUGCGAGCUUAUAUGCAUGGGUAUUUUAUGGACAUGAGACUCUACCACCAAGUGAAGGCCAUAGUGGAUCCAUUUGCUUAUGAUAGAUAUCGCAAGGAAAAAAUUAAAAGUAAAAUUGAUGAUGAACGAUCACAAAGAAUUUCUAUUAAGAAACUGCCAAAAGUUAACAGAGGUCUUGCAGAAAAAAUAAUGGAUGUGGAAAAAAGCAAAAAGAAGGGAGAAUUUUUGAAUGCAUUAGAAGAUGGUAGAUUUUCUGCCCUAUUUAAAAAUCCAGACUUCCAAAUCAACGAGGAUAGUGAUGAAUAUAGACUGCUGCAUCCAGUCAUCUCUAAGCAUGACAAAGAGAGACAAAAGAGAGAAAGCAGAGAUUCAAAUGAAAUUGGGCCAACAAACAAAAAGACUGGCCAUACUAAUGAGUAUGAAAGUUCAGAAGAUGAUACUGAUUAUAUUUGGAGAGAAUUAAAGCAGCAGAAAGAAAAACAAAAGCAAGCCAAACGGGAAGAAAACCAGCCCAAGCUAUUUGAACUUAAAGAUGGAGAAUCAUUUAGCACAAUUGCAAAGUUGAGAGAAACAAUUAAAUCCAGAAAUGCUGGUAUGUCAUUUUCAGAAAUUCUCAGCAAAGAUGAUGAUGAGAUAAUCAAAGAAAAAGGGGCAAGCCUAGGAUGUAAAGAGGUUACUUUCAAAUUGAAGAAGACAGAGAAAGAGAAGAAAAGAGAAGAGGAGACUAAGGCACAUAGAAUGGAAAGGAAGAAACUCCGAAGACCUGCUGGAGGUUUGACAACAGCAAAGAAGGGAAACCUGAGAUUCUGGAGAGGUAAAAAGACCCAAUAAUGCUUUCUUUUAGAAAUGCUACACAUUUUUGGAUUAUAUUUCAUUAUAUCACCUAUUUCAGAAGCAAAGAAGUACAAUUUGUAGUUUUAAGUUCAAAAAAACAAGUUGAAAAAUACAAUAACAUAUCUUGCUCUUUUGUUGGAAUACAGAUAUAUAUUAUUGUCUAAUAGAGAGACACUUCUUGUUGUACAAAGGUCAAUAUUAUCAUACUGCUACAAAACCUACAAAUUCUAUAUUGUUACAGCUAAUAAAAAUUACAGUUAGCAUUUCUUAUGCUGGAUAUAUUUGUGUUCAAAAAUUUGUUCUUCAGUCUCUAAUGUCCCUUUCUUUUACUUUUGUGACGUUUAGCUUUCUGAAAUUGAUUGCUUGGACUUUCUACUGAUACUUCUUCAUCAUCUGCUAGAGACAAGCUUUUUAAUUUGUCAUUUAUCACUGGUUUCUUUUCUCUGCUACCAUUGUUUCCUUUGUCACCAGAACCCACUAGGUUGCCACCACCUGAUCCAUUAGUGCCCCCUGAUCCAGACAAGUCACCAGAUCCAAAUUGGUCACCUGAUCCUGAGCCAUUUUUGCCACCAUUAGAAUUAUCUCCAUCCCCUUAAAGCAAGUGUCAGUUAAUAGACAUAAUGUGGAAGCCAUUAACUGCUUGUUUUCACAAUGAUUUCAUAAAUUAUAUUCCGUGCAAAGUUUAGAGUUUUGUCGUACGAAUAGUAACAUUAUGUAAUUGAAUAAUUUACUGUGAUAUACUUGAUUAAUUUUGCUUAAUAAUAGGUAGACGAUAGCACUCUUUUUUAGAUAUACCUGUUUUUAUAGAAAUAUCCUUUACAAAAGACUUUAAGCUGACAUUUAUCUAAACAAUUAUUUUUGAAAAUCUUUUUAGUGUUUUGGUCAUACCAGUAAGAUUUUUUUGAUACUUGCCCCACCCAGAAGCAGAAACAUAUAGGCUUUUGCCAACUAGGGCCUUACAAAGCCAAGAAAUAGAAGCAGAUAAAGUCACAAGCCAGUAACAAUUGGAGCAAAGUAAAUAAAUGUGACUUGCCUUCCCCAGUUCCAGGUGGAACUGUUGUUACUCUUGUUGUCUUGGUAGGUCUUACUGUCGUAACAGAUUCGCCACUUUCAGUAGUAACAUCUGGAUUGGUCUUUUUUGACCCUGACCCUCCACUACCCCCAGAACCAUUCUCCUCAGAUCCAGACCCAGACCCAGAUGCACCAGAACCAGAUCCACCAGAACCAGAUCCACCAGAACCAGAUCCACCAGAUGUACCAGAACCACCUGUCCCAGGUCCUCCCUUUUUAUCACCACCUGUGGAUAAAGUUUAUGAUUUACUUAUUGUCAAUGUUUUCACUGAUUUUCUCUCUCAAAUUUUCGGGAAAGUACAGUUGGUUAUUUGAUAGUAAAUAUCCAAGCGUUUCAGAACGAAGAUUAAUGUGUCUUGUACGUUUGUUCUGUGUAAAAUUUCGGUCCUACAAAAUAUCUGGAAUAAGCCUUACAAACCAUA